AUGCCGUCCAGACGCCCGGAAGGUUUCCUCGAAAAAAUCAAACAACACCCCAAAUUUUCAUUUAUCGUAGCUGGAGUUUCCUACACCUUACUGACCAUCGUCAGUGCAAUUGCCCUGCUUGUAUACUUCACCCAAAUAGCAGAAAACAGCUUCUGGCACUGGCAACUGGUCGCCUACACGUUGAUGCUGGCUAAUGCCUUGUGUGGAUUCACAGAGUUCUUAAGUGAUGAAGAAUCUUUUUGUCCUCUAAGAAACCUUCUGGACUAUUUCCAAUUGGUGCUGGUUUUACCUUGCUAUGCAGCUGAAAUGUGGAUGAAGUACGAAAUGGGGCCUCCAGAGAUUGCUGCUGCACACGCUGGAUUAGGAAUACUGGCCGCUUUGGUGUUUGUCUUUGGAAUAUGUCGCAGACAAGAUUUAACUGAUCUGGCUAUUUUCGUUAAUGGUUUUAGCCUUUUGUGCAUGGCCUUACUAAAUGUUAAUCCGUUUACUUUAUUGGCUACCCUUGCUGUUGUUGGAGGCUAUUGUGUCUACAGAAGACAAGAUUACCAAUGUUGCAUGGCACCGCAAGACAAAUACAAUAUCGCAAUGGUCCUUUUUGCAGUGAUUUCCUUGGCUUCCUUUGACGAUUUCACUGCCCAGAGUUUCCAGGAUGCUAUGUCGGCCCUUCCCUCUGUUGCUUCUUUUACUACUGCUGAGGAAUAA